AUGAACAAGGUCGUCGGAAUCCUAGGCGGCGGCCAGCUCGGGCGCAUGCUUGCCCAGGCCGCCUCGCUGCUCAACAUCGACGUCGUAUCCUCGACGUCGGUGACCACGCCCCGGCAAAGCAGGUUGUCUCCCUCGGUCUGCGACCUCGCCCACAUUGACGGCUCGUUCACCGACCCUGCCAAAAUACGCGAGCUGGCCGCCAAGGUCGAUGUACUCACCGUCGAGAUCGAGCACGUCGACGUCGACGUGCUGCAGUCCGUACAGGGAGCCGUGCCCCUCGGAGUGCACCCCAGCCCCUCUACCAUCCGAGUCAUCCAAGACAAACUCGUCCAGAAGGAACACCUCGUGGCCUCCGGUUGCCCAGUCUCGCAGUUCCUGCAGGUCGAAUCCACCGUGGCAUCCGUCACCUCGGCCUCCGAGACGUUGGGCUUGCCCUUGAUGCUGAAGAGCCGAACGCUUGCCUACGACGGUAGGGGCAACUACGUGGCCAUCGCCGCGUUGGGGGGGAGACCGCUCUACGCCGAGAAGUGGGUGCCCUUCGUGAAAGAGAUCGCGGUCAUGGUGGUCAGAUCCGCCACUGGCGAAAUCGCUUCGUAUCCGGUCGUGGAGACCGUCCACAGGGACAACAUCUGCCAUUUGGUGUUCGCACCUCUGCGGAGUAGUGACGGUACGCUUUCCGGUCGUGCUCGCGACGUCGCAGAAGCAUCGGUGAAGACGUUGGAGGGAGCUGGUGUGUUCGGCGUGGAGAUGUUCCUGGUGGAGGAUGACGUCCCAAUACGAAACCAUCUCCGCGCGAUCCUCUCGCUUCCUCUAGGAUCUACCGCUCUGAAGGUGCCGUCUGCGGCCAUGCUGAACCUGCUCGGGGCUUCCGGCGACGUGACCGAGAUCAGUGCCGUCGUCGAGCAUGCGCUCAAGGUGCCUGGCGCCGCGGCGCAUCUGUAUGGCAAGUCUGAGUGCCGGAAGGGCCGCAAGAUGGGCCACAUCACCGUUGUCGCACCCUCCGACGCUGAACGGAGCCGUCGACUGCGUCCCUUGUUGGAACGGCUCCCUUCUCCGAGCAGCGCUGCAGAGCUCGCGCUGCACGCUCCCCUCGCACCUGAACCUGGCUCUGGGUUUUCGCACCGCCAGCCGCUCGUAGGCAUCAUCAUGGGCUCGGAUUCGGACCUGCCCGUGAUGGUUCCGUCUGCGCGUAUUCUCGAUCGCUUCGGGAUCCCUUACGAGCUCACGAUUGUGUCUGCUCACCGCACGCCGGAUCGGAUGACUAUGUAUGCACGAUCCGCUGUAUCAAGGGGUCUCCGAGUGAUCAUAGCUGGGGCGGGAGGAGCUGCGCACUUGCCAGGUAUGGUUGCUGCGAUGACGAGUCUCCCGGUUGUCGGUGUUCCUGUGAAGGGCAGCACCCUGGAUGGUGUUGACUCCUUGCAUAGCAUUGUGCAGAUGCCGAGAGGUGUGCCUGUGGCAACAGUAGCCAUCAACAACAGCAUGAAUGCUGGCUUGCUGGCUGUCAGGAUACUAGCCAGUGGCAUGCCAGAUCUUGUCCAUAAGAUGGAUGACUAUCUAACAGAGCAAGCAUGUGAAGUACAAGAGAAGGUGCAGAAGCUUGAGGUGACUGGGUGGGAAAGAUAUGUCAGUUGA